GUCACAGCUAACAGCUAACAGCUAACAGGAACCAGGAACCAGGUGGAUGUUGAACUAUAACGUUUAUGUUUUUAAGGUUAAAUAAACAUUUUCAGUCAACGUUAAACCGUUUAAAACCGUUGAACCGUUUAUCCGACGUCGCUCCGCUACUUAGCUGUCCGUUAACCGGUCUCUCCCGGGGCAGGCUGCCUCCUCUGCCCGGUGCUCAGCGUCUGUUAACCGGUCUCUCCCGGGGCAGGCUGCCUCCUCUGCCCGGUGCUCAGCGUCUGUUAACCGGUCUCUCCCGGGGAAGACUGCCUCCUCUACCCGGUGCUCAGCGUCUGUUAACCGGUCUCUCCCGGGGAAGACUGCCUCCUCUACCCGGUGCUCAGCGUCUGUUAACCGGUCUCUCCCGGGGCAGGCUGCCUCCUCUGCUCGGUGCUCAGCGUCUGUUAACCGGUCUCUCCCGGGGCAGGCUGCCUCCUCUACCCGGUGCUCAGCGUCUGUUAACCGGUCUCUCCCGGGGAAGACUGCCUCCUCUACCCGGUGCUCAGCGACUGUUAACCGGUCUCUCCCGGGGAAGGCUGCCUCCUCUGCCCGGAGCUCAGCGACUAUUAACCGGUCUCUCCCGGGGCAGGCUGCCUCCUCUGCCCGGAGCUCAGCGACUGUUAACCGGUCUCUCCCGGGGCAGGCUGCCUCCUCUGCCCGGAGCUCAGCGACUGUUAACCGGUCUCUCCCGGGGCAGACCGCCUCCUCUGCCUGGUGCUCAGCGGGAAAUAAGAAGUCUCUCCAGAAACAGAAACGGAGAAAUGCCAAAAAAACAGAAAGCGCAGGUGAAAGGACAGCCGACUGCCGGCGGAGCAGCGCAGGCGGAAGCUUCUGGUCCGGUGGCUCGAGACAAAAGCGGAGCUGUCACCAUAACGGUGCACGCCAAGCCCGGCUCCAAACACAGCGCCAUCACAGAAGUUUCUGCCGAGGCCGUGGGAGUCGCCAUCGCAGCGCCUCCGACAGACGGAGAGGCAAACACGGAGCUCGUCCGCUUCCUGGCUCAAGUCCUGGAGCUGAAGAAAAGUCACAUCUCUCUUGACAAGGGCUCCAGGUCCAGAGACAAACUGAUCCGAGUGGACUCGUCUCUCAGUCCAGAGGAGGUGCUGAGGAGGCUCAGACAGGCUGCAGGCUGACAGGAAGGGGGGGGGGAGGAGGUGCUGAGGAGGCUCAGACAGGCUGCAGGCUGACAGGAAGGAGGGGGGGAGGAGGUGCUGAGGAGGCUCAGACAGGCUGCAGGCUGACAGGAAGGAGGGGAGAAGAGGAGAACGGAGGCGGAAACACGCUGAGAACCAACAGAGGAUGUUCCCGUCACAUUAAUUUCAACUGUAAAACCAUGUGAAGAGUUUUAGUGUGGAAACAAACAAACAUUGAAGUGAAGGGCGCUUUCAGACACACACACACACACACACACACACACACACACACACACACACACACACACACACACAUAGUCGGGUAGACUGGGUGAGAUUCUGGGGGGGGUGGUAGCAACAUUUUUAUCUGGUUGAGUUUGCCUUCACACGGCACUUUGUCAAACACCAAACAUGGUGAACAAACGGUCGCUGGUUGGUUGGACAGAAUAUCAGAGGGAAACUCGCCAAAUACGUGCAGCUGAGACCUCCACAGAGCGAGAAAACACAGACUGACAUGUUCACGUGUUGGGAUGAGUUAUGUAAUGACUUCUGGAUGAUGCAUUGGCUUUCAAUAAACCGAUUAUUAAUCUGUUUGA